UCGACCGAGACAGCGUGCUACUGAGGGCGGCCGCCAACUAUUACCCUGAAGGUGAAGGUGACGGCGGAUGCAGCGAGUUUCCCCCGCUGAUGCAGGGCAAGUCCUGGACGCGUGGCGUGCCGUAUCGUGACAGCUUCGACCACGCUAAACCUGCUGAUAGCAUUGGUAAUUGCUACACAUCAGCCACGAAGUCCAUGCGUGUGAUAAAUAUGCCUCCGAAGAGGCGGCCGCCGCCCAAGUUAUAUGGACCUCUGGGACCCAAUGGCGAACUCCAGUUUCCCCCGCCGAAGACGUGGCAGGAGAGGGAGAGAGAGAAACUUGAGGCUGAACGGUUGGAGAAAGAGAAACACAAACUUCAGAAAGGUUUGGUCUUGUUAGAAGACUUAGUUUCCGGAGCAUAUGACAGAAAGAAGAAAGCUGAAGCCGAAGCGAAACGGAAAAGGAUAGAAAAGAGGAGACAAGAGAAGCUGGCCGCCGAGGAAGCUGCUAAAGAAGCUCUCAGAAAGCACUUGGAAAAGUUACAGUUUGAGGAACCUCGCGACCCUGACCUGCAGAAGUUAGAGAUGAUCAAAACAACAGAAGAAGAACACUAUAAAUACAUACACACUAAGGACUUGGAAAGGAUUCGGUAUUAUUUGACCACGUCAUUAGUAAACAAGCACCUGCCCGAGUUUCCUCUGCACCUGUACAAGAAAGCGAAGACGAUGGUAGACAAGCAGACGGUCGGCAUCAAGCGACGCCUUCUCAUUCUCACGUACCAGGCGUGCGUGCGCCAGAGCGAGACAGACAUCAAGGACUUCUUCAUGAUGGCUAUGAAAAGGUGUAUCCUGUCGUACGUACUGGAAGACCCAUCAGAGAUACGUCGUCUCGGCAUCGCGUUCCUCCCACCAUUGUGGCCGGCGCUGGUGGUGCGCGCGCCCGUACCCUGGCACGCCAGCUACGUGCGCGGGCGGCAUGCGCUUUCCCCCCGCCACUACCACGCUGACCCCGUGCUGUUGGAGCUAAGGAGGAUCUGGCAGGAGAGGUAUCAGAACGUACUGAUAUGCGACAUGAACAAAAUGCAGGAAGAGACACCAUUCCCUCAGUACAUUCCGGAAUUCACGGAGCGUCUGAACAAGUUGUGCGCGGAGAUGAGGUCCGAGCUGGUGGACAACUGGCUGAUAGAUGUCGCCGACACCAUGAUCAAGAUGAGACACCACUGGGCCAAGUACGUGGCCAAGGAUAGGAAGCAAUCCACCUUUCAAGUGGAGCAGUUCUUCAGGUGCAUUCAUGCGCUGAUGUCGAGACAAGUUCGUGAUUUAGUAGAGAGAAGCGUGUACCACUUUGCUGAAUAUUUCAAAUACUAUUGGGAAGGCAACAACUACAGUGGCUCGUACCGCGACUACACGUUCAUCAAGCGGCCGCUGAUCCGUAUCAAAGCUCUGGCCCACCCCGGCUCUACCAGCAUCACUUUCGAGCCCAGCCUCGACCAGAUGCGAAUACAGAUCGUCAAGUGGUUUCAUACCAUCAUCAACGUGAACAUCAACCUGCCCAGCGUCGACUCCAUCAUGUACCCUGGUGUUCAGCGACCGAAACCUUACCUCAUGAUGGUUUACGCUGACGAAGCGUACAUGGUGGACCUCAUCAACGACUGCAUCAAACAUUUCAACCUGAACCGCCCGGGUCCCACCAAAUACUUGGAAUGCUAUCAGGAGUAUUACUAUAUCCUGGACGGUACGGCCAAGCAGGAUCUGCUUCAGUUUUUCGCUCAGGAGCCACCGCCGUACUUGAAGGACUUCUCAGCCCGCAUCUACAUGUACGAGAAGCUGCGCGACGAAAUACUGUUUCUCCGUCGUGACAUACCCCUGAACAUGGUGAUGUUGGACUGUGGACCCAUCAACGACACCAUGUGGACAGAGGUGGACGGUCUGCGCUCCCAUAUCGUUGACCACUUCAUCAACGUCAAUCGGAAGUGGAAUAGAUCUAUAUGCAACGCGUACGAAGAGAUGGCGGCGCGCGCGUCCGAGAGUCCUGAGACCACUUCCCAGCUGGUGGAGCUGAUCGACUACAUUCAGGAGUGCCGCGACUGCGCUAUGUUCGACCUCAGGGAGAAGGCACGCACCACCGCGGAAUACGUGCUGUUCCUCAUGGAGCACGCGCAUCUCAACUUCGAAGAUGUCAACCUGAACACUCGAGUGUUCUUGUGGCCGUUGGAUAUGGAGGAAACCAUCGAUCUAACACUAAAGACGCUGUACACAAAGAAGACGAUGGCUGAGGACAAGCUGCGUAGCCGCAAAGCCAUCUUCGAGGAGAAACUGAAGCGACACGAGAAGGAUUUGGACGUGUUCAGACGCUUUGAUCCACCGUUGCUCAACCUUGACUUGCUCAAAGAAGUCGUUGGGAAAGUCGACGAAAUCUAUAGGAAUUUAACGGAAGACAAAUACGAAGCCGAAGAAAUAAUAAGCGAAGAGACCCUGCUAGAUCAAGAGGUAUCGGUGUAUUUUAGCCUGCAGACAAUGUUAAGUGGCAUUGAUCCAUUCCAUAAGUUGUGGCAUACCUCGUACGACUUCUAUGACGGCUACGAGAAAUGGUAUCACGGCCCAUUCCUCGGAUUGGACGCGGAGAAGAUCAGCGAAGACGUGGAGGCCUGGUGGAAGCUCCUGUACAAACUGGGCAAGCAGCUGUUCGAAUACCCUGGCGCCAAGCGCAUCGCCGAUAUGGUGCGCAAUAAAGUCGAAAAGUUCAAGGUGCUCCUGCCAGUGCUGUGUGCUAUUUGCAAUAAGGGCAUGCGCGAUCGUCACUGGGCUAAGAUCAGCUCGCUAGUAGGUGCGGAAGUAUCUCACGGGCCGGAGUGCAGCCUCGCGCAGAUGGUGGAGCAAGGCGUGCACGUCCACGCGGCGCAGCUUGAGGAGAUCGAGCAGCAGGCCUCCAAGGAGUACGCGCUUGAGCGGGCAUUAAACAAGAUGAAGGACGAGUGGUGCGGGGUCAAGUUCGAGGUGGUGCCCUACAGAGAUACCGGUGUCGGCAUUCUGACCGGUUUGGACGACAUCCAGCAACAGCUGGACGAUCAUAUCCUCAAGUCUCAGACGAUGCGCGGAUCGCCUUAUGUGAAGGCCUUCGAGGCUGAUAUGGCGGCUUGGGAAGAGAAGCUCAUCAGCAUGCAGGAUAUUCUUGACCAAUGGCUACAAUGUCAAGCAACUUGGAUGUAUCUCGAGCCCAUCUUCUCGUCCGAAGACAUAAUGCGCCAAAUGCCCACGGAAGCGAGGAACUUCCGCGACGUGGACAAGGAGUGGCGAGCCAUUAUGUCGGCCACUCAAAAGGAUCCUUUGGUUUUGCCAGCUACUGACUUCCCGGGGCUGCUGAAGAAACUCCGACACAACAAUGCGCUGCUCGACGAUAUUCAGAGGGGACUGAACGAUUACUUGGAGAAGAAGAGAUUGUUCUUUCCAAGAUUCUUUUUCUUGUCAAAUGAUGAGCUACUGGAGAUACUCUCCGAGACGAAGGAUCCUAUGCGUGUGCAGCCUCAUCUGAAGAAGUGUUUCGAGGGCAUAUAUACCCUAGAGUUCAACGCGGCCAAAGAAAUCGUCGGUAUGGCCUCGUCCGAGGGAGAGGUUGUCAAGUUAUCGACGAGUAUACAACCUGCCGAUGCUAAGGGCAUGGUAGAGCGCUGGCUGCAGCAGCUGGAGCAGCAGAUGAUAGUGAGCCUUAAAGACGUGGCCACAGAGGCCAUUACUGCUUACGCCACCACACCGCGGGAGGAAUGGGUGCUCAUCUGGCCUGGACAAAUCGUACAAGCUGGUUCUUGCGUGCAGUAUACCGCUGAGGCGAUAGAGGCAAUCCAAUCGUCCAGUCUGCCCGAGCUUGUGGAGCGCAGCACACAGCAGAUCACGGGGCUGGUGUAUCUGGUGCAAGGAGAUCUGGAUCCUGGAAACCGGAUCACCGUCGAAGCUCUGAUAGUACUCGAUGUGCACGGUCGUUCGAUCCUGGAGGAAAUGGUGGAGCGCAAGGUGAGCGAGGUGACGGACUUCAACUGGAUCUCGCAGUUGCGAUACUACUGGCGUGGAGACCGUACUACUUGCUCCAUGAUCACCACCGACGUGGAGUACGGGUUCGAGUACCUGGGCAACAUCGGCCGAUUGGUGGCCACACCGCUCACUGACCGCUGCUUCAGAACGCUAAUGAGCGCUUUGAAGCUGAACCUGGGCGGAGCACCGGAAGGGCCAGCCGGUACUGGCAAGACGGAGACCACCAAGGACCUGGCGAAGGCUGUCGCCAAGAAAUGCGUCGUGUUCAACUGUUCCGACGGUCUCGACUACAAGGCUCUCGGAAAAUUCUUCAAGGGUUUAGCGCAAUCCGGAGCGUGGGCUUGCUUCGAUGAAUUCAACCGAAUCGACUUGGAAGUGCUAUCAGUGGUGGCGCAGCAGAUCCUGUCCAUCCAGCUGGCGAUCCUGCGACGCGAGAAGCGGUUCGUCUUUGAAGGCACCGAGAUCAGCCUCAACCCUACAUGUUCUGUUUUCAUCACUAUGAAUCCUGGGUACGCGGGUCGUACAGAGCUGCCGGACAACUUGAAGGUGCUGUUCCGCACGGUGGCCAUGAUGGUGCCGGACUACGCCAUGAUUGGCGAGAUCACGCUCUACUCCAACGGAUUCGUUAACGCGGGACCUCUUGCCCGUAAGAUAGUGCAGGCGUACAAACUAUGCUCCGAGCAGCUGUCCUCGCAGAACCAUUACGAUUACGGCAUGCGAGCCGUGAAGUCUGUGCUCCUGGCAUCCGGCGCUUUGAAAAAGAACUAUCCGGAGAAGGAUGAGUCACAACUGGUGCUCAGAGCCAUAAUCGACGUGAACAUGCCCAAGUUCCUCUCACAAGACGUGCCUUUAUUCACGGGCAUAUAUUCGGAUCUGUUCCCCGGCGUGGAGAUUCCACAGCCAGAUCGCUCUGAGCUCCUCAAGUGCAUCCUCAAGGAGCUGGAGAAGAGGAACCUUCAACCUACGGAUUGGUACCUCGGGAAAAUCAUACAGAUAUACGAGAUGAUGCUGGUGCGGCAUGGGUUUAUGAUCGUGGGCCCACCGAUGGGCGGCAAGACCCAGGCCUACCAAGCGCUAGCGGAGUCUCUGCGCGCACUGCAGCUCACCAAGCCCCCGCCCCGGCACAAGGAGUUCGGAGCUAUCUACCGCAUCAUCAACCCGAAGGCAAUCACCAUGGGACAGCUGUAUGGCUGCUUCGAUCCAGCUUCGCACGAGUGGUCAGACGGCGUCCUGGCCAUAGCGUUCAGAGAGUACGCCAUGUCCAUCACACGCGAUCGCAAGUGGAUCCUAUUCGAUGGGCCCGUGGACGCGGUGUGGAUAGAGAACAUGAAUACGGUGCUCGACGACAAUAAGAAGUUGUGCCUCAUGAGUGGGGAGAUCAUCCAGAUGACUAACAAGAUGAAUUUGAUCUUCGAGCCAGCGGACCUGGAGUUUGCGUCCCCGGCCACCGUGUCCAGAUGUGGCAUGAUAUACAUGGAGCCAGAACAGCUGGGUUGGCGCGCAUUCCUCUCGUCGUACAACACGCAUCUGAGCAAGCGGCUCAUCCCCGAGCAGUUCGAGCUGAUCCAGGAGCUGAUCGAUUGGCUGGUGCCGCCCAUAUUUGAGUUCCUGCUGCUGCGAUGCCACCACUUCGUUAUUGUUGGCGAGAUUCAUCAGUUCUUUUCUUUCACGCGGCUGUUCACGUGUCUGCUGGAGGGAGAGACACAAUUCAGCACCAUGUGGCUGCAAUGCACCUUCGUCUUCGCCCUGCUGUGGGGUCUAUGCCCCUCACUCACUGGCGACAGUCGCAAAACAUUCGACAUUUUCUUCCGCAAGCUUCUAAAUGGUGACAACUCUACGCACCCCAAGCCUAAGUCCUUUAAGUUGACCAAGACCCAGCUAUUCCAGGACAAGGACACAGUUUUCGAUUAUGUGUAUGACAAGCGGAAUAAUGGCACUUGGAUACCCUGGGUGGAACUGGAGAAGGAAACCACUCUAGCGGCGAACGCUAAGGUGAACGAGCUGAUAAUCUUGACGAAUGAAAACGCGUGUUUGAGGUACUUCGUGUCCAAGAUGGUGAAGUCCAAGAUUCCGAUCUUACUGGUGGGGCCGACGGGCACUGGCAAGUCUUCGCUGGUGCUCAACUUCCUGCUAUCAUUACCCAAGGAAAAGUACAUCACGAACACUAUCAACUUCUCGGCGCGAACUACUGCUAAUCAAACUCAAGAUAUCAUCAUGUCGAAGGUAGACAGACGACGUAAAGGUGUAUUCGGUCCUUCUAUGGGUAAAAAGUGUGUCCUCUUCGUGGAUGAUCUGAGCAUGCCCCAGAAGGAGCAGUGGGGAGCGCAGCCGCCGCUCGAGUUGCUGCGCCAGUGGGUCGACCACGGGCACUGGUACGACCUGAAGGAUAUGGUUCGGCAGGAGGUGGUGGAUGUGCUCCUCGUAUCAGCCAUGCUGCCUCCAGGCGGGGGUUCCAACCUGAUUUCGUCGCGUCUGACACGACACAUGCUGCUCAUCACACUGGACUCCUUCGAAGACAACACCCUCAACAAGAUAUUCUGCACCAUCAUGGAUUGGCACUUCGCCAAAGGUUUUCCCGAAGCACUCAUGCGACAGAGCAAGGCUGUGGUUGGAGCCACGAUGGAGGUAUACAAGACGGUGACGGUUCAAUUCCUGCCGACGCCCAGCAAGUGCCACUACCUGUUCAACCUGCGCGACUUCGCGAGGGUCAUAAAGGGCAUCCUUCUGGUGCCCUCGUCGCAUCUGAAGGAACUCAGCAAGCUCGUGAUCUUGUGGAUACACGAAAUCUACCGCGUCUUCUAUGACCGUCUGGUGGAUGAUGUGGACAGGGAGAAACUGUUCGAUGUGAUAUACAAAGCCGUGUACGGCAACUUCCGCGUGCACAUGGACCAGGUGCUGACGGAGCUGGGCUACGUGCCUGAAGGAGAGAAGUGCUCCAACAAGCACGCCGUCAACAUAUUCUUCGGGAACUACAUGGAGCCCGACGCGGACCCCAAGAUUUACGACCAGGUAAUGGACCUGGACGACAUGGCGGUGAAGAUGGAGUAUUACCUGGAGGAGUACAACGUGGUGUCUUCAUCACCGAUGUCUCUGGUCAUGUUCCGGUAUGCGCUUGACCACAUCUCGCGUUGUACGAGGGUGUUACUGCAGGACAACGGUAAUCUUCUGUUAGUGGGCGUUGGUGGCAGCGGUAGAAGCAGCGCUGUCAAACUAGCGGCUAGUAUUCUGGAAAUGAACGUGAUUCAGAUCGAAAUAUCCAGAGUGUACGGUCAGAACGAAUGGCGAGAUGAUAUCCGCAAGCUGCUCAUGAAAUCGGGCAUCAUAGGCAAACCGCUAGUCUUUCUCUUUGCUGAUAACCAGAUAAUGUACGAAGGCAUGGUGGAGGAUAUCAACAUGCUGCUGAACACAGGAGAUAUCCCCAACCUUUAUGGCAUGGACGAGAAAGUUGAAAUCCUGGACAAAAUGCAAACUGCGGUCAGGGAGUCGGGUAAGAAAAUAGAGACCACGCCACUGGCCAUGUUUGGCUUCUACGUGGAACGUGUGAAGGCCAACCUGCGCAUCGUGAUGGCCAUGUCGCCAAUCGGAGACUCCUUCAGGAACCGCCUACGCAUGUUCCCUUCGCUCAUCAACUGCUGCACUAUUGACUGGUUUACGGCGUGGCCUCCAGAGGCGCUGGAGCGCGUGGCGUCCAUGUUCAUCGCGCGCAUGGAGAGUGUGGACGACAACCUGCGCCGCGCCUGCGUCGACAUCUGCCAGCUGUUCCAUGUAACAGUCGUGCAGCUCAGCGACAGAUUUUAUUCGGAGCAGAAGCGGAAGGUCUAUGUGACACCUACUAGUUACUUGGAGCUUAUAAAGGCGUUCCAGAGUCUGUACGCCCUCAAGGUGGAUCAAAUAACCAAGGCACGGAUAAGGUACGAGACAGGGCUAGAACAGCUGGACUUUGCGGCUGGACAGGUGGCAGUGAUGCAGCAAAACUUGCGCGAUCUGCAGCCGCUACUGGUGGACACUUCAGACAAGACGGAGAAACUCAUGAUAAAGAUCGAGCAGGACACCGUCGUAGUCGAGAAACAGAAAGAGAUAGUUGGCGCCGACGAAGCACUUGCCAACGAAGCAGCGGCAGCAGCCCAGGCUAUCAAAGAUGAUUGCGAAUCAGACUUAGCUGAAGCAGUACCAGCGCUCGAGGCAGCGCUUCAAGCGCUCAACACGCUCAAACCGGCAGAUAUCACACUCGUCAAAUCUAUGAAGAACCCUCCUGCUGGGGUUAAACUGGUCAUGGAAGCUGUGUGCGUCAUGAAGGGGAUCAAGGGUGACAGGAAAAUGGAUGCUAAUGGUAAACCGUAUGAGGACUACUGGGGCCCAUCACAAAAAAUGCUCGGUGAUAUGAAGUUCCUAGAAAGUCUAAAGAACUAUGAUAAGGACAAUAUCCCUGUAGCUACAAUGAAGAAAAUAAGAGAUAAAUAUAUCCCCGAUCGUGAGUUCGAUCCCGUUGUGAUCGCGAAGGUGUCUUCGGCUUGCGAGGGUCUCUGCCGCUGGGUCCGAGCUAUGGACGUUUACGAUAGAGUCAUCAAGGUGGUAGCUCCCAAAAAAGCAGCUCUUGCAGAAGCCGAGGGAGAACUACAGAUGCAGAUGAAUACACUCAACGAAAAGAGGGCACAACUGCAAAGCGUCCUCGAUAAGUUACAGGCUCUUAACGAUGAAUUCGCGGAGAUGACUAGAAAGAAGAAAGGUCUAGAAGACGAGAUCGACCUGUGUUCCACGAAGUUAUCUCGCGCCGAGCAGCUGAUUGGCGGCCUCGGGGGAGAGAAGGCGCGCUGGACCGACCUGGCGAUGCAACUACAGGAACUGCUUGGAAAUAUUAUCGGUGACGUCCUCCUAUCAGCGGGCUUCAUAGCGUAUCUCGGACCAUAUACUGUUAACUACAGGAGAGAAAUUAUAUCUGUUUGGAACGCACGUACAGCAGAACUGAAUAUACCGUGUUCGGAGGUAUUCUCCCUGGUGCAAACGCUUGGCGAGCCGGUGGUCAUACGAGCGUGGAACAUAGCCGGGUUACCGGUAGACGCCUUCUCCAUAGAGAACGGCAUCAUCGUCGAGAAGUCUAGACGAUGGCCUCUUAUGAUUGAUCCACAAGAGCAAGCAAACAAAUGGGUCAAAAACAUGGAACGCGAUAACCAGUUGAAGGUGAUAAAAUUAACCGAUCCAAACUACGUGCGUGUAUUGGAGAACGCCAUUCAAAUGGGCCUUCCUGUGAUCAUGGAAAAUAUACGGGAGCAACUAGAUGCAGUUCUGGAACCUAUCUUACUUAGGAAUAUUUUCAGAUCGGGAGGAAUCGAUUGCUUGAAAUUGGGGGACAACAUACUGGAAUAUAAUCACAGUUUUAGGUUUUACAUAACAACUAGGCUGAGCAAUCCACAUUACCUGCCAGAAGUAGCUGUUAAGGUGACGAUGCUGAAUUUCAUGAUAACGCCGCAAGGACUUCAAGACCAAUUACUCGGCAUCGUGGUUGCGCAGGACCGGCCUGAAUUAGAGCUCAAGAAAAACCAGUUGAUAGUUGAAGGAGCCACCAACAAGCGCACUCUAAAAGAGAUUGAAGAUAAAAUCUUAGAGGUAUUAUCAUCAGCGGGUAACAUCUUAGAGGAUGAAUCGGCAAAUCAGAUUUUGUCCUCGUCCAAGGUGCUAUCGAUUGAGAUCGAAGCUAAGCAAGCAGCAGCUGCCAUUACUGAAAAGGAAAUAGACGAAGCUCGUCUAUUAUAUGUUCCUGUCUCCAAACACAGCUCUGUGCUGUUCUUCUGCAUCUCUGACCUGGCCAAUAUCGACCCUAUGUACCAGUACUCUCUUAACUGGUUCAUAAAUCUUUACAACCAAGCAAUCCUAAACUCACCCAAAAGUGACAACUUGGACGAGCGGCUAUCCAGCCUGAAUGCAUAUUUUACCAAGAGCAUCUAUGAAAACGUCUGCAGGAGCCUCUUCGAGAAAGACAAGCUGAUCUUCUCCUUGGUGUUGACUCUCGGUAUACUCAGGCCAAAGGGCGCCAUCGAUGAUGAACUGGUAGCCUUCCUACUGACAGGCGGUGUGGCGUUGGAAAAUCCCUUUGAAAAUCCAGCUCCUAGCUGGCUCUCCGAGAAAUCUUGGUCUGAAAUUGUGCGCUCCAGUAAUCUAAACGGACUUCGUGGAUUUAAAGAUAAUUUUGAGAAUAACGUGCAGGCCUGGAAAGACUUUUAUGAUCUAGCAGCUCCCCACGAGAACCCCUUCCCAGCUCCCUACGAAAAUAUUACAGGAAUACCGAAACUUAUAAUAUUAAGAUGCAUUCGUCCCGAUAAAUUGAUCCCAUUGGUCCAGCAAUACGUGGUCGAAGAAAUGGGUCGGCCUUACAUAGAACCGCCUCCCUUCGACUUGGAGAAGUCUUACAAUGACAGUAACUGCUGCUCUCCCCUUAUAUUUAUUCUCUCCGCGGGCUCCGAUCCUAUGUCGGGAUUGGUCAAAUUCUCAAUGGAGAAAAAAGUCGUCAGCUUUGAGACCAUCUCGUUGGGACAAGGGCAGGGUCCGAUCGCAGCGAACAUGAUAAACCAGGCGAUAGCCACCGGCGGGUGGGUGGUGCUUCAGAACUGCCACGUGAUGGAGUCGUGGAUGGGCGAGCUGGAGCGGAUCUGCGCCGAAGUGAUCGUGCCGUCGGUCACCCAUCACGCUUUCCGCUGCUGGCUCACCUCUUACCCAAGCCGGGCCUUUCCCGUCACCGUGCUGCAAAAUGGUGUCAAAAUGACCAACGAAGCGCCAAAAGGGUUGAAGAACAACAUCUAUCGAUCUUACAUCUCUGACCCGAUAUGUGAUCCGGAGUUCUACAUAUCAUGCCCACGCACAGAAGAGUGGCGGCGGCUACUGUUCGCGCUGUGCUUCUUCCAUGCUAUAGUGCAGGAGAGAAGAGCGUUCGGACCGCUCGGGUGGAACAUACAGUACGAGUUUAACGAAAGUGACCUGAGGAUAUGCGUCAUGCAGCUACAGAUGUUCCUAACGGAGUACGCCGAGACCCCGUUUGAGGCGCUCAACUACCUCGCCGGCGAGUGCAACUACGGCGGCCGCGUCACCGACGACAAGGACCGCCGGCUCAUAAUGUCACUGCUGUCCAUCUUCUACAACGAUGACGUCACCACGGAGCCCGACUACUCAUUCUCCCCGAGCGGCAAUUACCGCAUGCCCCCGAGCAUGGACUACAACUCGGUGCUGGAACACAUCCGCGCCUUGCCGCAUAUCGCCAAACCAGAGGUCUUCGGCCUUCACGACAACGCUGACAUUACCAAAGAUAAUAAGGAAACGGCUUCGCUUUUGUUCGGCUGCCUGCUGACCCAGACGUCCAUAGUAGCAGGCGGAGGGGGCGAGGGUGGCGCGGAGGGUGGCGGCGUGGUGGAACUCACGCGAGACAUGAUGUCUCGUCUACCACCACAAUACGACGUGUUCCAAGUGUCGCAGAAGUAUCCCGUACAGUACUACAACAGUAUGAACACGGUGCUCAAGCAGGAGUUGAUCCGUUACAACCGCCUGCUAGCAGUAGUACGGCGCACGCUACACGGCGUCCACAUGGCAGCUCAGGGGCUGGCCAUCAUGAGCGCCGACCUGGAGGAAUGCAACAACGCCUUCGUCAAAGGCAUCGUGCCCGGAGUGUGGAUGUCCAAGUCCUACCCCUCCAUGAAGUCACUGGGGUCGUACGUCGCGGACUUCUUGUCCAGGCUAAAGUUCCUGCAGGACUGGAUAGAUGAGGGUCCACCAGUGGUAUUCUGGAUCUCGGGAUUCUACUUCACGCAGUCGUUCCUGACGGGCGUACUGCAGAACUACUCGCGCCACAACAAGAUACCCAUCGACCAAGUCCAUUUUGAGUUCACCAUCACCAGUAUGGAGGCAGAGUGUGAAGAGCUGCCGGAGUUUGGAGUGUAUUGUAAGGGUUUAUUCUUGGAAGGAGCAAGAUGGAAUCGUGAUACAAUGCAAUUGGACGAAUCAUAUCCCAAGAUACUCUUUGACACCAUUCCCAUAAUUUGGUUCAAACCUGCGUUGAUAGCUGAUUUUGAUCCUCCACCAAGCUAUUUCUGCCCCAUUUACAAGACAAGUGAGAGGAAGGGAGUUCUAGCCACUACAGGUCACUCCAGCAACUUCGUCAUGUAUAUCACCCUAAGAUCAGAUAUACCGCAGAAACACUGGAUCAACCGUGGUGUAGCCAGCUUGACCCAACUUGAUGAUUAACUCUAGGAAUAAACCUAAUGUAUGUGUGACAUUAUUUAUUUUAAUACAAUUGCAAUAAACAAUGAGAAGCUGUCAAUGAUUGAAAACUCUGUGAUAAAUCUAGUCACAAUAAAGAUUUCUUAUCCCAAUUUUUUUUUUAAUGAAUUACAAUUAGACUUCAGCCAGAAUCAUUUAAAUUUCCCGCUAUAUUUCAACAACGGCCCCGAUGAGCUUACCUUUUUCUGAUACACGUAAUACG